UCUCGGGCAUGGGUCAUCCUUUUCUAUGAAGUCUGGUAUCUCACGUUGUCCUGAGGUUAAAGACGCCUCCUCACUAGCUUUUUUAACACCGUCGAUGGUUUUUUCCUCUGGAUGCAGCACAGCUGCUGCUAGCCUGUCUACAGACAGAGCUCUUUGUUUUGACUCUCAGCCCUGAACAUGCUUGGAAAUGAGAACAAAUGGCACAGAGUUUACGAUUGCACUUCGCUGCCAGAAGAAGCAAGACUUACCCUCUGUCGGAACCCUCUGGAGAUGACUUGGAUAGCCAUGUUCACACACACGGCGAGAGGCCACCCCGGAUCUCAGUGGCCAGUGUGGUUCAAAUGAGGCUGACCCCCAGACAGACGCCGCUGGCUCCGUGGGUAGAGCACAGAUCCUCUGAAAGUACUGACAAAAAGAGCAGCUGCCUGCAGAUCUCACUGCAGCCCAGGUAUGGAGGGUGUCUACCACCCGGCACUGGUGUGGCUGAUAGGGAUGAUACUUCCUUUACCUGUGCUUUAAAGGAUGGUGUGUACAGCAGCAGUGGCGUCGACGGUGAGCUGUGUAGUGGCAGCCUCAGUAACUUUUCAGCCAGUGACAAUGGGUCUUACAGCAGCAACGGCAGUGAUUAUGGGUCUUGUGCAAGCCUCGCAAGUGGAGGCUCCUACACCAGCAGUGUUGUCAGUGACAGUAGUGGUUAUGAGACCUUUUUCAGUGGAAAUUUACCUUCUGACAACGCCUCCAACAGAAGCGUGCCAGUCACCACUACUCCCUGUGAAGCUAUGUGCAGAAGCCCCAGUAGGCUUUCCUUUACCCAGGAGGACCUGGAUCAUGGAGUAGAAAUUACGAAACUGCCGGUGAGCAGGAACGCAAAGGUUCCACUGAAGCGCUGCACAUCUUUGGUCAUUUUCCCCAGAAGUCCUUCAAACACUCCACCAGCAUCACCGACAAGCAGAGGUGCCUACCAGACCUCACACCAGUUGGUUGUAUCUCCUACUGAAAUUGCACAUCAUGAAGAUGGAGCUGGCACCAAAGGCUUUCUGUCAACAGCUGUCAACGGGCUUCGAUUAUCUAAGAUAGUUUGUACUCCUGGAGAAGUCAGAGAUGUACGGCCACUCCAUGCCAAGGGCUCAUUGCAAAAUAAAAUUGUCAUUUCAAAUAAUAGACCCAAACAAACUAUGUGUGAGAAAUUGCCAGAAGGAUUUUCCUGUGUUUCGGUGCACUUGACCCAACAAAAGCCAGCAUCGUCAGAUUGUGCAAACGCCCAUGGUGACUGCACAUCAGAGAGGUUAGAACUUCAGCUCCAGUCUGAUUCGGACCAUGGCAUGCUCAAACAGAGGGCAGCCCCUUGCUUACGAACCACACCAGGCAUGGAUUACCAUUUAGACAUCCGUGGAGAGUUGGAAAGACCAAAUUCAAAAAUAAGCAAAGGCCAUGCUGCUUUGCAAAGAAGUGUUUCACUGGGUGGGACAUACCCAAAUAUUUCCUAUUUAUCCAGCCUGAAGCACAAUUGUCUAAAGGGGGGACCAUCUCAGUUGCUCAUAAAGUUUGCAUCUGGGAAUGACGGUAAAGUUGAUAGUUUCUGGAGAGAGAGAGACUUGACAAAUGAACUGUCUGGUGUCUGUAAGACAAGAGAUGAUUUCCUAGGUCAAGUGGAUGUCCCUCUCUAUCCUUUACCGACUGAAAACCCAAGAAUGGAGAGACCAUAUACAUUUAAGGAUUUUGUUCUUCAUCCAAGAAGCCACAAAUCAAGAGUUAAAGGUUAUCUGAGAUUAAAAAUGACUUACUUACCUAAAAAUGGCUCAGAUGAUGAAAACGCAGACCAGGCUGAGGAGUUAGAGCCUGGCUGGGUUGUUUUGGACCAACCAGAUGCUGCCACCCAUUUGCAGCAUCCACCAGAACCAUCUCCCCUACCUCCAGGAUGGGAAGAGAGGCAGGAUGUCCUUGGAAGGACCUACUACGUAAACCAUGAAUCUAGAAGAACACAGUGGAAAAGACCAAGCCCUGAUGAUGACCUCACAGAUGAAGACAACGAUGAUAUUCAGCUGCAGGCCCAGCGAGCAUUUACCACUAGGCGGCAGAUAUCGGAGGACGUGGAUAACCUUGACAGCCGAGAGUCUCCCGAGAAUUGGGAAAUCGUACGAGAAGAAGAGAACACCGAGUAUGGUGGUCAGGCUGUCCAGUCACCUCCAUCGGGUCACGUAGAUGUGCAGACUCACCUUGCAGAGGAGUUCAGUGCCAGACUCGCUGUGCAUGGAAAUCCAGCCACCAGCCAGCCAGUCACCAGCUCAAAUCAUUCCAGCAGAGGAGGCAGCUUGCAAACCUGUAUCUUUGAGGAACAGCCUACACUUCCUGUGCUUUUGCCUACUUCAUCUGGAUUACCACCAGGUUGGGAAGAAAAACAAGAUGACAGAGGAAGAUCAUACUACGUAGACCACAACUCUAAAACCACCACAUGGUCUAAGCCCACCAUGCAGGAUGAUCCAAGAUCGAAAAUUCCUGCUCAUCUGAGAGGAAAGAUACCAGUUGACUCCAAUGACCUGGGACCCUUACCUCCAGGCUGGGAAGAACGAACCCACACAGAUGGGAGAGUCUUCUUCAUAAAUCACAAUAUAAAAAAGACCCAGUGGGAAGAUCCUCGCUUGCAGAACGUGGCAAUAACUGGACCAGCAGUGCCCUACUCCAGAGAUUACAAGAGGAAGUACGAGUUCUUCAGAAGGAAGCUGAAGAAACAGACUGACAUUCCAAACAAAUUUGAAAUGAAGCUUCGCCGUGCAAACAUCCUGGAGGAUUCUUACCGGAGAAUUAUGGGUGUGAAGAGAGCUGACUUUCUCAAGGCACGGCUCUGGAUCGAGUUCGAUGGUGAAAAGGGCCUGGACUAUGGAGGAGUUGCCAGAGAGUGGUUCUUCCUCAUCUCAAAGGAAAUGUUUAAUCCUUACUACGGCCUGUUUGAAUAUUCUGCAACGGAUAAUUACACCCUACAGAUUAAUCCUAACUCGGGCUUGUGUAAUGAAGAUCACCUUUCAUACUUCAAGUUCAUUGGUCGUGUGGCUGGGAUGGCAGUUUAUCACGGCAAGCUGUUGGAUGGGUUUUUCAUCCGCCCGUUUUACAAGAUGAUGCUUCAGAAACUGAUAACACUGCAUGACAUGGAGUCUGUGGAUAGUGAGUAUUACAGUUCUCUGCGAUGGAUUCUUGAAAACGACCCGACGGAGCUGGACCUAAGAUUUAUCAUAGAUGAAGAGCUUUUCGGACAGACACAUCAACAUGAACUGAAAACUGGUGGGUCGGAGACUGUUGUAACCAAUAAGAACAAAAAGGAGUAUAUCUACCUUGUAAUACAAUGGCGAUUUGUGAACCGUAUCCAGAAGCAAAUGGCUGCUUUUAAAGAGGGAUUUUUUGAACUGAUACCACAGGAUCUCAUCAAGAUAUUUGAUGAAAAUGAGCUAGAGCUUCUCAUGUGUGGUCUGGGAGAUGUGGACGUGAACGACUGGCGUGAACAUACAAAAUACAAAAAUGGCUACAGCUUGAACCACCAGGUCAUCCACUGGUUCUGGAAGGCUGUUUUGAUGAUGGAUUCAGAAAAAAGAAUACGCUUACUUCAGUUUGUUACUGGCACAUCCCGUGUGCCUAUGAAUGGAUUUGCUGAACUCUAUGGCUCGAAUGGACCACAGUCCUUCACAGUGGAACAGUGGGGCACCCCUGAUAAGCUGCCAAGAGCACAUACCUGCUUCAAUCGCCUGGACCUGCCACCCUAUGAAUCCUUUGACGAACUCUGGGAUAAACUUCAGAUGGCGAUUGAGAACACACAGGGCUUUGAUGGGGUUGAUUAGAUUACAGGAACAAGCUGUGGUGUCUUGUACACCAUAGUUUCUAAGCAAAAGCAAAAACAAAAUCACAUUUUAACAUUUUCUAGAUAGUUUCUAAAAGAUGGCCACUGGCUCUUCCCACCGAGACCAGGGGACAGUUUAUCCAUUAGUUUAGCCACCACCAUGCUGACCUGGUCACUUGUCCAGUUACUUUGUCUAGUUGUUGGGAUUCAUGUGUAGGACAGGAUGUGAGUCCUGUAUGCCUGAGUUCUGACUGUAUCUCAUCUUGCUAGGCACAUCCUUCUGAAACUACUGAGAUUCCAACUGUGAAGUAUCUGUAAUGAGUAGCUGGUGGGAAGAAUUUGAUGCUUUUUAAAGAUGAAAUUUGGACAAAGAAAGUCUUUAGUGAUUAGUGUACCGCGACAUACUUAGUACCACAUGUCGCUACUUAUUCUGUAGACCUGCCUAGUGUACCUUAUCGCCUAGAACCUUGAAGCCGCUUUGGAAGAUGCAUCACAUGUGUUUUUAGUCACUUAAGUCACUUGUUUUAAAAAAAAAAAAAAAAAGUUACUCUUCACUUGGGAAGUAUUUCAUGUUUGUUAGCAUGCAGCUUGAGCCUACAGGCCAUUCUAGAGACAAGUGGAGCAAGCUUUUAUUUGCAAUGUGUAGUAAGUAUUAGGCCUCCUUUUUGCCUGUGCAUUCUCAAGGCUAGAGUCAUUAUGUGUUAGUGCAUUAGAAUUCCUUCAAACACGAAGCAAGCUCCACAACGCAGUGUUUCUAAGCAUGCCGUGAAGAACCGAGUUACAUGUAUGACUUGCCCUUACCAGCCACUCUUCACGCUUGCAGUCACGUAGUACAUACGUGUUUACGGAGUUCAUUAUGUUUACAGAUUAAGCGAAUUUCUGUAGUUGCAUUUUUAUAUUUUUAGUAUCACAUUAGUAUAAAAAUUUGUUUAAAAUAACCAAAGAGUAGUUCAAUGCAUAAUUUGUAUGAAUUUGUUACCAGGUUUCUUAUGCUUUCUAAAAAAAAUACCGUUUUCCUAUGAGAAUUAUGUUUUAUUAAAAAUCAAAAACCCUAGGGGCAAAAUGCUACAGGUGGAACCCCACAGUAACCAUGUUGAAGUACAGGAAGAGAUCCCAUGCAUGAGACUGCACACAUAAACAGUGAUGGCUGGCUGUGUACCAGGCCCUUGAGAUAAAAUUGUCAGCAAAAAUCCAGCUCCGUCUUCAUCCUCAAGCUUAGAAACAUGUAGGUGACUUUACUAACAGUGGAAAAUAGGAGUUUGCAGAAUAAGGCAGAAGGACAGGAAAGCGAGGUCCUAGUCCGACUGCAAGAUCAUAUCUGCUAAGGCUCUUCUAUUCAUCUUACACUAGUGAUUAUAUGGAAAACGCUCUUAGAUAUGAGAAAAGCAGUGUGGCAUGUAAUGAGUUAGUGCAAGCUUGUGUUAUGAACUUCCCAGAAUGGCCUGUGGAAGAUGCAAGAAAUACUUGGGGCCAUUGAUUUAAGCUUGUUGGCUUUAACAUGACUAGUGGCUGUCAGCCAUAGUAGGGAUUUCAGUGACAGCAGCAAAAAAACACUUUCCAUAGGCCACACCAUCUGUUCGUCAGGGAAAGAUACCCCCAGGCCAGUGCAUGCUUCCAGAGUGUCUUGAUCAGAGUCAGGCAGGCAUGGCCACCGUCCAGUCUUGACUUUACCAUUGGCCAGCUGAGCCUGCAGCACAGGGUGCCAGUUUCCCCAUCUGGCAGAUGUGAAUAGCUGUGCCCACACAUUCUGUCUCUUGAGGCUCUGGUAAGUUCUUACAGAGGUACUUUACUGCAAGCCACCAGAGUCUAAGUCAGCUGUCUCCCCUCGCAGUAAGCCUGUUCACCUAGAAUAAAAGUGAUUCAGAGUAGGCGAGGAUGAUCCUAAUGUGUGCUGGCUUAUGUGUGUGUUCAUGUAUGGAUCUCCGCGUCAAAGUUCACUUUCUCCAUAGUGGCAAAGUAACACUAAUAUGGGCCAAUGUGUUAUCUGGAAUGUCCCAUUGUAUGGAACUAAGGGUGAAAACGGAAUUGUACACGGUUGUUGAGUGUCGCCUCUGAGAACUCAUCCACAGCAGAGCUUAGGAAACACAGCUUCCUCUCUUCCUCACACCCAUUUCCCUUUGGAUGAUUCAGUGACUUCACUAGAGCCUGCGUGAAGGAGACCAGGCGAGUCCCCACCUCUACCCCAGGUGUGUAGUAAUAGUCCGGAGGGACCCUGGCUGUGGCUGGGACACCACAGCCCCCAUGCCAGCGCAUGCAAACAUCUCAUUGACAUUCUACCACUGGGGCAUUGUGGAGUCACUUUCAUGAAACAGGAAGGCUUUGUACUUCUCUAGAAAAAGUGUUUUAGCCUUCUUUUUCUCUAAUCCCCACCACCAACAAAUGAAACACAAAAUUGCAUUACAAAAGCAAACCCAAAUGGCAUUUGUUUUCGAUUUUAUUUAUACCGCUCAAGUUAUUCCUUUUAAGUAUCAAGUUAAACUCAAUUGGUUUUAAUGAUAAGCUAUUUGACAUUGUUUUUAAAUUUUUUCUUAUAUGGUAAAUGUAUAUCCAGAUUAAUGUAUCGAAAUUUAUUGCAUAAACUAUAAAAUCAUUUUCAAAAUCUCAAUUCCACAAAUAAAGUUCUAUUCUAAUUUUAAAAACAAA